AUGUCACAAAGUAAUGAUAUACUAGAAGCCGUUUCACAAGCAUCCGAGUGUACGACGAAUUAUAUAGCAUAUGCUAGGGAAUCUACGAUUGAACCCGAGGUUACGAAAUUAUACCUUGACAAUUUAAAUUCAAUUAAAGAGGCGGUUAAACCUUACCUACCCCUAUUCAUCAACGUAUCCUCAAUUAUACAAGAUAUCGUCAACAGUUACGAAAAUGCUCAAAUUAAUAAGAAGAUAUGUCUAGCUUUGAUUAAUCGUGCGGAAUCCAUCGGUUUAAUCGUUAAACAACUUGAAAGAAGCAAAUCCAAUAAUUUAGAAAAAUUUCUUAGCAAGAAAUUUUAUCAAUCGUUCCUUCGACUUUUUAACACAUUGAAACGUAUGGAUAAAUUUAUUCAAGAUGUCACUUUAUUAUCGAAUAUUAGAAAGUUAACUGAGGUUUAUAGUAUCAAAAAGCAAUUUCGUGAGAUUAUCGAGGAUUUUGAUCAUGUCAUAGAAGAAUUGGAUUUUUUACACGUGAUAUUCAACUCCGACGAACAACGUCAAGAGGAUUUAAAGGUUUUUAGGUUAGAAUUUAAUAACGUAAUGAAAUUUUUCGAGAAUAUCAACAGUGGAGUAGCAACUAUAAUAACACAAAACAAUCAUAUAAAUUAUCAAGUAAACACCACAAUCUUGGAACUCAUACUAUUAAAAUCCAAAGUACAUAAACAAAAUACGAAUUUUGAUGACAAAUGGAAACCAAAGUUAAUAACGAGUGAUGAGCUUCAAGACCCUCCCAGUGAUGAUAAGCAACCGACGGGAAAAUAUUUAAAGAAAAUAUUUAGGCGAGAAAAGAAAGUUUCAUUAAUUCCGGCGGAUUCAAUUCCAUAUGUUACGGUUGAUUAUCAAAAAAAUAUUAUUAUGGAUUAUAUUAAAAUGAAAUUAGGAAAUGAAUGCAAGCACAUUCAUCAAUUUUAUGGAAUGGCGAAAUUAAAUCAAAAUUUUUAUACGGUUUAUGAAUGGACCGAGUUGGGAAAAUUAUCAGAGGUCUAUGAGAAGUAUGAACUUGAUUGGUCCACAAAAUUGAGGAUUGCUUCGGACAUAUUAUCUGGGUUGAUUUUUUUGAAUUGUUGUGAUAUCAUCCAUAAGAGCAUUAGAUGUGAUAAUAUUUUAAUGACUGAAAAUAUGAAACCAAAGAUCACAAACAUCAAUUUAUCUAUUAAUAAAAAUACUUCCAUCAAUAAUAACAAUGCUUAUGCAAAUUGGUUAAAGGAUGUGUAUUACCUAGCUCCUGAAAUAAUAGACAUCCAAAGUUAUUCAAGGAGGUAUACAAGCAAAUCUCAAAUAUUUAGUAUUGGAAUGCUUCUAUGGGAGCUUGCAUUUCAAAGGAUACCAUACAAAGAUUGGCAAAUUGCAACAGUGCAAAAUCAUGUGUUAAGUGGCAAGAGGGAGGAAAUUAACCUUGGUGUGGAUCAAUCUGUUAUUCAACAAGGUUUUAUAAAUCUAAUUGAAGCUGCAUGGCAGCAAGAUCCAGAUGAUAGACCAGAUAUCAUCACAUUUUUUGAUAUGUUGUAUGCUUUAUAUAGCAAUUAUUAUAUGGGAGAAAAUAAUUCAUUACAGAAGAGGCCAAGUUCUAUGAUUACUCCAUUAUCCGAUGGAAUUAAUGCACAUAAAAAAGGAGAUAAGGAAUUGGCAUGGAAAUGUUUUGAAGCAAAUGCACAAUUAGGCAAUAUAUCGGCGAUAUAUUGGCAAGGUUAUUAUUUAUGGGAAGGGUAUUAUACUUCGGCUGAUCAUGUACGCGCUAUAAACUGUUAUAAAGAAGCCGCAAAGAACGGUCAUGCUGAUGCGCAAUUAAGGUAUGCCUUUAGUGCUAUUAACAGAGAGAGGAUGAACCUUAAAGGUUUUUUGAAAUUUUUGAAGAUGUCUGCAAAUGAAGGUAACGCUUUGGCUUUAUUUAAUUUGGGUGAUGUUUAUUUGCAUGGAAAGUUCGGUGUGGAAAAAGAUGAGGAACUUGGUACCAAAUAUUUGAAAGUUGCUGCCGUUUUAAAACAACCCAAAGCUAUUGAAAUUUUAAAAAGUCUUAAUGUUACCGACACUUUUUAUUUAUAA